AUUUUAGCAAAUAAAAUGUUUAUUAAUGUUCAUGAUGAGAGUCAAAAUUUUAUUUAAUUACGAAGGUGAAUAAAGGUAUAAGCUAGAAAAACAAUAUAUUGCGAAUUUAUUGACCUCAAUAGACUAAUAAUUUCGUGGCCUAGACGACUGGCCUGUCCAUUCUGGUGGCUGGGUGUGCUGCCCGAAAAUUAGCCUGUUCUUUAAAAAGAAUCCUAUACAUUCCUAAUCAGCAUUAGGGAAUGAAACUGACGCUUUCCGGAGGAAGUCAAGGUUCAUGCCUUAAUCUUGAAAGAAGUUGUAAAAUUGAUUUUUUUCCGGUCAACAUAAUCCGCAAAAUUAAAAUCAUGGCUAUUAACUAUCCCCGAGGAUACAAACAAAAUCAAUGUACAUGACAUUAGGUAGUUUUUACAUUUACUACCCCCCUCCUCGGCUAAGUUCAUUGGGGCUAUUUAGUGAUCAAACAGUUAUAAAACAUGGAAGCCCCUCCGAAACGAACGGUCUUUGACGCCGUCAGUAGUAUAGAACAGACUAGCAUCUGUCGAUUGAUUUACUUCGCACAGAUAAAAUCACACCAGCAAGUCUUGACUUUUUUCAGUGACUACUCAACAAACAGUUUCUUUGACCGAAUCAGUGGGCUUCUGCUGGUUUACCCAUCUUCAGUGCUGCAUUUAGUCGAGGCAGACGAGGAAACCAUUUACACGACUUGUUUGGAUUUGAUUAUGACCGAGGCUAAUGGCCUUACGAUCUGCAGAUGUCUUCCGGUCCACGUCAGCACAAGUGGGAGACUAUUCCCAAGAUGGUUCAUGAGGAAAGUUAAUCCACCCUUGGGAAAUGGCGAAACAACGGAUUUUGGGGAUAUGAUGAAGAUGCGAAAUUUUUAUUUCAACAUGGUCGAUAUAUUUUACAAGUUUUAUUUCGAGCUGAAGGAAGGUACUGCCAAUACUGAAGAGUUGAAAGACAAAUUGGACGCGUUAACCCACGAAACCCCGACAUCAUCAAUUCCAUCAGAAAAUUUGAUCAAAUCACUGCUGAAGACUCCCCGAGGCUUCGAAUUAUCCACCCUCACGGAAAAUUACUGGAGCGGAAUAGUAGAGAAGGAGAGCAUCAUCUGGCCAUUUCCAGAUAUCCAAGAGUCGUCGAUCUCCCUCUCCGAACCGUAA